AUGAUUUUUUCUAUCUCCAUCUGGAGCAAUGUCGAAGCUGGACUCGGCAUCACGGCCGGCUCGCUCACCACGCUGCGACCACUGGUCCGGUUCCUGCGAGAUGCUUCAUCCGGCUCGCGGGGCCACCACCGAACGCCGGGUUCGUAUCCACUGUCCUCCAACAUUCCCAAGGGGAUGAUUUCGCGACGGUCCAAACCCGACGGGGAGCGGGAAGAUGCACGACGGUUAUGGACUGGGCUGGCGGACGAGGAGUAUCGAGGCAUCACGACCACCAUCAUCACCGGGAGCCAUCCGACCAAACGGGCGAGCGACGGGAGUCUGAUCAGUUGA